AUGUCCAAGGACGACAUGGGCUGCAAGCUGACCUCGGUCUACAAGCACAAGGAGAGGAAGCCGAAAAAGCCGCACUACAUCCCAAGGCCGUGGGGCAAGCCAUACAACUACAAAUGUUUCCAGUGCCCCUUUACCUGCAUGGAGAAGUCCCACCUCUACAACCACAUGAAGUACAGCCUGUGCAAGAACUCCCUCUCCCUCCUCAUCGAGUCCGACUGGCCCUACAAGAAGGGCAAUCUUCUCCACCCGGAGCUGCGGCUCCUGCACGCAACAGAGAGCUCCCGCCUGCGCGGGCGGCGGGACGAGCAGGAGACCUGCGACUCCUCGGCCACGUUGGGAGGGUCAGGUAGGACCAAGCAGGCCUCCGACAGGGACAGCCACGAGGACAAGCCAACAUCAGGGGUGGAGAUCCUGCCUGCUGAAGGGGCUGGUGAAGAAGGUGGCUCAUUCCAAGAGGCAGAGGACGACGUUGCUGGCUUGUUGAGGGAGAUGGAUGAGGGAGAGAAGAAGGAGAAAAAUGAAGAGGCAGGUUGCCAAGGUGACCCAGUUGAACCAGAAGUGAACACUUUGGUCUUUGGUUUCAAGAACAAGAGAGAUAAACCUUGCAAGGAGGUGGAGUCCGACUUCAUCAUCACAGAUGUCUUCUCUCUCAAGAACCACGUCAUGAAAAGCAGGGAAAUGGCCUCCCCAGAUCUAGAUGCUAAGCCAAAGCAUUGCAAAGUGCCAAAGAAAUGCCUGGCCAGUGGCGGGAUCCUCAUGGAGCAGUGGAAGCUGGUGGCAAAUGGGCAAAGGAGGAACACACCUGAGGUCUCCUCAACUUGUACCGAUGGCAACAUCAUCCCGUGCUACCCCCCUCCAGCCUACAGUGACUAUCACGAACCUCAGGGCCUCAACCUGUCCCUGCUGGGCAUUAACUACCCUUUGAACCCCAGUCUCUUCUCCUACCUGAGCCCCACCAUGGCCAACAGCGCUACGACACACCCGCACUUGGCUCAGCUGCCCUUCCUGGCCUCCACGGCCCAGCUGAUGCACCCGCAUGCCUCCCACUUCCAGCCUCUGCAGAGCCCCGAGCGCUCAGCCUUCCUUCCCCGCUUCUACUACCCCUUGCUCUUCGAGCACACCUUUGGCUCCACUGAAAACAAGAUGUCCUCCACCAAGCCAGAAGCCCAGCAGCAGCUGGUGGGCUCCGUCAUGUCCACGCCGCCCCAACCCAAGCCCCCCAGUGAGCCAACCAAACCAGGGCUGCUGAAGGUACCAGUUCUGAAGACAAGUUUUCCUUGGUCCAAAGGGGUCAGAGAGGAGCUGGCCUCUGAGCUCAGCCACCCCACCAUGCUGGGGCAGGAAGAAGAGGAGAAAUGGUUACCUCAAGAGCAGGACAGCAACCCAGCUUUGGGUCUCAACAACCUACGCAAAAAGCCAGACACUGAUGUCUACCAAAAUCUGGUGGGGAUGAAGGACAGUGCUUUUGCCCCCAGCACCAUCCGGAAGACAGAGUUACCAGCGGUGACCUGUCUGGAGACCAGCAGCCCUCAAGACAACUCCCUGAAGAGGAAGCUCCCUGCCAACGGGCUGGAUUUGAUAGGACCCGAAAAGCUGAUGCCUAGAAAACUCAGCUACCAGAGCAGUGGUUCAAGGGCCAAUCCUGGCCACAUCCCCAAGGCCCUGGACCACUGGCACCCAGAGGCCCUUACAGGACGACCUGAGGAACCAGAGAGGGGCAACGAUGCUGAAGUUCUUCCCUCUGUGGGUGCUGGCCUGGACCAUGGCCUCUGCAAGCAGAGCAGACCCCAGGAGUCUUCUGCCACCAUGACAGACCCUGAGGCCACAACCGUGCUUAUCGGGGACCUGUCCAAAACCUUAGAGGAGUAUCAAGAGGUGGAGAAGAAACUGUCUGACCUGGCAAAGGAGGACACCCCUGGGCAAAAAGAGCUGAGGGACCAGCUGGUCAAAAUCCGAAAGGAGCUUUACCACAUCCACCAGGCACUGGAGAAAGCCACCAAACCCCACGAGGGGCCUCUGGACCUCUCAGUGAAGAGACCUUCUGAAGGUCUGGAGAAGGUCCAGCAGGCCAAGAAGGAGCCCUACAACAUGAGCCUGGGAAGCGAGAAGGUCCAUGGCAAAGACCAAGGUGCCCUCAACAAAGGUACAGCCACUGGGGAGGCUGGAGACACGGAGGGGCUGCCAAACUGCUUCCUCGAGGACGAGAACAAAACCAUUGACCUGCUGAUCAAGAUGAGCCGCUCUGAGAGCCUCCGGGCAUCCUCCUCUGAGGCCCACCUGGGUGCGGUGAUCAAGGCUGAGGUCCUGCCGCUCACCAUGCCCCUGGAGCUCCGGCACGUGAUGGAGCCCUACUACAGCCGUACCACCAAGUGCGAGGCAGACUCCAGCGUCCUGCUCUGCUCCGAUGGCCGAUCCAGCACCGCCCAGGGCCCUCCGCUCCCGGUCACUGCCGAGGACGGGCCCCUGGGCUGCCGGGCCAUGCAGCGCUCCCUGUCCUGCAGCCUUCCCAGCGAGACAGACGCCGUGUGUGUCCACAGCCCUCUGCAUGCUGACCCCUAA